AUGAAGACCUUAAUCAUCCUCGCUCUCUUGGGAGCUGCAGCCGCUUUCUCCACUGAUGAUGAUGACAAGAUCGUCGGGGGCUACACCUGCCAGGCCAACUCUGUGCCUUACCAGGUGUCCCUGAACUCCGGCUACCACUUCUGCGGCGGCUCCCUCAUCAACAGCCAGUGGGUGGUGUCCGCAGCUCACUGCUACAAGUCCCGAAUCCAGGUGCGUCUCGGAGAACACAACAUUGAGGUCCUGGAGGGCAACGAGCAGUUCAUCAACUCAGCCAAGGUCAUCCGCCACCCCCAGUACAGCUCUUCCAAACUUGACAAUGACAUUAUGCUCAUCAAGCUGAACACUCCAGCUACCAUCAGCUCUCGCGUGUCCACCAUCUCUCUGCCAACUUCCUGUGCUGCUACUGGCACCCAGUGCCUCAUCUCUGGCUGGGGCAACACCCUGAGCAGUGGCACCAACUACCCUGAGCUGCUGCAGUGUCUGAAGGCACCUGUCCUCUCUGACGCCCAGUGCAAGGCAGCCUACCCAGGCCAGAUCACCAGCAACAUGAUCUGCCUGGGCUUCCUGGAGGGCGGCAAGGACUCUUGCCAGGGUGACUCUGGUGGCCCCGUGGUCUGCAAUGGGCAGCUCCAGGGCAUCGUCUCCUGGGGCUACGGCUGUGCUCAGAAGGGAAAACCUGGUGUCUACACCAAGGUGUGCAACUACGUGAACUGGAUUACUCAGACCAUUGCUGCCAACUAG